UCCCCCCGACGGUGAAACUUCACUCCACGGAGCCGUCUUCUUCUCAUCAGCCCUCCGUGCUGGUCUGCAGAGUCUUUGACUUCUACCCUAAGACCAUCAGAGUGAGCUGGCUCAGAGACGGACAGGAAGUCUCCUCUGAUGUCACCACCACUGACGAGAUGCAGGAUGGAGACUGGUACUACCAGGUCCAGUCUGACCUGGAGUACACGCCCAGGUCUGGAGAGAAGAUCUCAUGUAUGGUGGAACACGUGAGCCUGAGUGAACCUCUGAUCAAAGACUGGGACACGUCCAUGUUUGAGCCAGAGAGAAAAAAGAUCGCCAUCGGAGCCUCAGGUCUGAUCCUGGGUCUGGUUUUGUCUCUGGCUGGACUCAUCUACUACAAGAGGAAAGCUCGAGGACGUAUUCUUGUUCCCACAAACUGA